CCAACACAUCCUGUCCUCUUGCGUCAGCUGCAGGCUCCGUCUUUGCACCCACUGGCUCCAGGACGGCACUGGCAGCAGGGCCUGGCCAUGGCCCCUCACUCCACCACCGUCCUGGGCCUCGUGCUCUGUCUGGGCCAGAUGAUUCGCAUGCAAAAUGGGCUCCUGCCCGCACCCUCCAUCAGAGCCGAGCCAGGCCCUGUGGUCCCCCGAGGGCGGCCUGUGACUAUCCUGUGCCUGGCCCCUUUUGGGGCUGACCUGUUCCGCCUGGAGCAGAAGGAGAAUGUUUUUAACUUCACGGAUCAGAAAAUCACGUCUCAACAUGGAUCACCGGGAGUGGAGGCCCGAUUCCCCAUCCGCGCAGUGAGUGACGUCACUGCUGGGCCUUAUCGCUGUGUCUAUAUGAAAGGGUCUGACUGGUCUGAGCACAGUGAGGCCCUGGAACUGGUGCUGACACGUGAAGAUGUCCCCAUUCUGCCCUCAGGAGUCACCACAGGCGGCAGCUCCGCGCCCCUCACACACACAGCGCCCCCUUCCUCCGCUGGCCUGCCGACACAGUAUGUUUAUGUUCUCACUGGGGUCUCCGUGGCCUUCUUCCUUUGUCUUCUCCUCCUGGUCUUCCUCUUACUCCACCGUCAGCAUCAGAGAAAACACGGGCCCCUCAGCAACAAGGGUGAGGAGCAGAGGCCCCAGGAGAGGCUCAGCCCAGCUGCUGACAUCGUAGAGAGGACACCAGAUAUUGCCACAGUUGAUAAACUUCCUGAGAAGGACACCCCGAGCCCUGCUGCAGGAGACACCCAGGAGGUGACAUAUGCCCAGCUGGACCACCGGGCCCUGACACUGAGGGCGGCCAGAGCUGUGUCCCCACAGGCCACGGAGCCCACGGCUGAUUCCAACACAUAUGCAGCCCUUGCCAGACACUGAUCUCAGGCCCACUUGUAUUCUGCACCUAGAGACACAGGAAGUCGCUCUUGAAAAAGUCUGAAGUAGCCACUUGGAGGGCUUCCCUAUGAAACCAUCCCUUCCUGGAAUGUCCUCCAGUCAGUUCUCCUGGAGACAAGAGCUGGAGUCUGGAGACCUAAUCAACAUCUAGGAGAUUCAUUAACCAGGCAGCCCCUCCUAGGAUCAACCAGCUCCUUGGAACCCCCAUGUAGCACUUGUUUCCGGAGACCCAGCUACAGGUGCUGGUUGUUUCCAGACACCCAGCUGCAGUCACUUGGCUGUUUCCAGAGACACAGAUACAGUCCUACAGUCACCCAGCUGAUUCCAGACAUGCCCUGUGAAUCCCCAACUUUCCCCAGAGACUGUUUUAACCAUUUUCUUCUCAGCUGAUUCUGAGGACCUUCCUCGAGUCCAGUUGUUGACCUUGAACCUGGGCUAUACUUAUGCAACUCAUAGCUGGGGCCCUAAUUUUCUGAAUCCUGCUUCACCCUGUUCAUCAAUAAAUGCUUUCACAGACCCAA